CACCACCACACCAAACCAAACAUGACAGCCUCAACACUACCCAAUGGCUUCGACGCCCUACAAAUAGGCGACAACAGCGGUCUCGAAUCCUCCCCCUUCCCCGCAAAAACAAAAGAAGUAGCCGGUCUCGUAAACGGCGUGGAAACAGAUCUUUGCUCCAUGUACUUCGCAGACAAGAUCUUGAUCACCAUUUCCCAAGGCGGACGAUUAGCACAAUGGGUAUCUCUUCCCUCUUAUUAGCGCAUAUAUAAUAUAUGUAUUAAUGUGAAAUAGAUUCAAGUCCCGCUCCCCUCAGCCUCACCAACAUCCUUUGAUACCGCGCUACCCUCCGACAGUGGAGAUAUGCUAUCCCUCAACCAUCUCACGCCCAAGACAUUACUUGGAGCUGGUGGUGACCAGAGGGAGACGAUGGGGCAUUUGUAUGCGAGUCAGAUUGUGACGGCGAUUGCGAAGAGGGAUCCGGAGGAGAGGAGGACGGUGUUGGUGGGGUUGGGACUGGAGAAGGUGGAUAUGGAACGAGAGGCCUUUUUUGAUUUGAUUGAGCUUGUGCAGAAAGUUGUUUGAGAGAGGGAUGGGAGGAUGAUACUCCGAUUUAUGAGUUUAUGAAUUUAUGAUUCGGAAACUGGGAUUGGGAAUUUGACUUUGUGGUCAAUUGGUCUGCGUAUCUCAUUGGUGAGUCAAGGUGUUACCUUUUUACGGCCAGUAGACCUAAGAUGAUCAAAGGGAGUUUGGAGCAUGGGUUCUCUUAAUCCAUAUUCUUAUUUCCUUUUUUCUUCAGAAAAAAGAUAAAGCACCUUUCCAAACACAUCCCGGAAAGCCCCACCAAAUUCAAGUCCCAUUCCAAGAUUACACAGUCUGAUAUUACAACCAUAUUUACCAUCCACAGACGUUCAAGCAGCAAUCACCCUCCCACUCGGCGCCUUCGCUUGCAUUCCCAUCUUCUCCUCAAACUCCUCCUUCUCCUUACUAAACCUAAGAUGACACCCUAUCCAACCAUCAGCUCAACCCUCCUACUCAGACCCGGAAGAGAGAAAAGCGAACUCACAAUCACCACAAGAAAUCGGCUCAUACUUAGCCGGAUUCUCCUCCGAACAACACGUAGGAAUAACCCCCUCCACACAAUUAAAAUUCAACCCUAUUAGUCCCAUCAGCAUACACCCCAUCACCCGCAAGCAACGACCAAACAGGAAGAAGACCUGCAACAAGCAAAAAAGAAAACCCACCAAAAAAGAACGGCAUAGAAAUCCUCUCCCCCUCACUAAAAUUAAAAACCCUAUGGACAGUACUCCGAUAGAGAUCAUUACUCAACCUCAUCAAAAAGUCCCCAAUAUUAACCACCAGCGUCCCCUCAAUGGGUUUCGCAUUGAUCCACUGACCCUGCCGAUUCAACACUUGCAGUCCACCCGUCAUAUCCUGCCAGAGCAGUGUGAAGAGCUGCACAUCCGUGUGGCUCCCAAGUCCCACGGUUUGCACGGCUUUUUGCUCCGGAGUGACGGGUGGGUAGUAGUUGAUCACGCCGUCGGCCCCUGGAUAUGUUACCCGGCUGUCGAAGUAGGUCGCUGGCAGGGAGAGGGAGAGGGCGACGAUGCGGAGGAGUUGCCGGGAGAGGGUGAGGCAGGAGGACCAGUAG